CCAUUUUUCUCUGCUCUGUGGUGUUUAAUAACAACUGUUUAUAGUCCGUUGUUCUUAAGUGUUUGUGCCAAGUAAAGGUUGUAGUAAUUCUGAAAUGCUUCUUUGUAGGAUAGAGUGGUAUUCAUGCUGUUAGCUGCUAUGUAGAAAGCUAACGAGCAGCAAGUAGCCGAUAGCUAACAACAGCCGAUCGACUGAUGUCUGCCAGUGAGCAAAAUGGACAAAGGGCGGUCGAAAUAGUUGGAGUGCUCUUUGUCAGGAUGUGACACACAAGCUCCCUGCUCAAGAAGAAGUUUGUUUAGAAAAUGCCUCGUCUGGAAGAGCUGGCCAAUGUUGCUCUCAGGGUGCCAAGCAUCCUGGUGCUGGACCUGCUGUAUAAAUGUGACAUUGAAGGUCUAACAGAACAACUCAAGGCCAAAAACGAAGACAUGCUCUUCAAAUACAAAUAUGUCAUUUGGAACUUGUACUACUUUGGCCAUUUGAUUAAUGUGGUGGUUUUGGUUCUGCCACUGAGACAUAUUGUGACGCUCUACCUCCAUAUCCUUGCUGCCCUUCUGCUCUUCAUGGGGCAUCAGAUUUCCAAGGAUUAUAUUCGUGAUGAGCUGCUUUAUGGUUAUGAGGGGCCACUGUACCUCGAUUCUCUGGCCUUCAACAGAUUCGUCUCUGCACUGACGAGUCAGAUUAUUCUCAGCACGCUGUGUGCCUUCCUGAUGAAGACCAGAAAGGUGUGGUUGUUUUCUGCUCACAUGCUCCCUCUCCUGGCCCGACUCUUUGCUGUACCUCACAACAUGCUGCUCACAGUCAGCACUUUCUCCAUGGGACUGACAGCAGUGGGAAUUGGCACGUUUCUCCUCUUAAAUCUCUUCGUGCCAUAUCGACUUGCAAGGGCUGCCUAUUCAGAGCUGCUUCAGAUGGAGGUGAUCGAGCUGUACAGGCUUCUGGCUGUAGGGGUUUCUUUGUGGAACCAGUUUGCUGUCCCAGUGCUCUUCACUGUCUUCUGGUUUGUGUUGUUUGUGGUCCAGCUGUGCUCCACCAUGAAUGGCAAAGGUACAGCAGGACAUCAGGGAAUCAUGUUUUUCUUGCUCACAAGUGUCUCUGAAUGUUGUGCGACACCAUACUCCCUUCUGGGUCUGACCUUCAUGGUGUCAUAUCUUGCUCUCGGGCUUCUCAACCUAUGCAAAUUCUACCUGGGAGGUUAUGCAGCUGUUCAGAAUGAGAACGUCAUGCACAGAGGUGUGACUGAGGGUGUCACAUUGCUCCUUCUGGCCCUUCAGACAGGCCUGUUGGACAUGCAGGCGCUGCAGCGCACCUUCCUCCUCAGCAUCAUCCUCUUCAUCGUGGUUACUUCAACUUUGCAAUCGAUGAUAGAAAUAACUGAUCCAGUCAUUCUUGCUCUGGGUGCAUCUCGCAAUAGGAGUGUAUGGAAACACUUCCGUGGCCUCAGCAUGUGUCUGCUCCUGCUGGUUUUCCCGGUGUUUAUGGCUUAUAAAAUUUCUCAAUUCUUCCACAUGGACUUCUGGUUACUUAUACUGGUGUCGAGCUGCAUGCUGACUUCCCUUCAGGUUACAGGCACGCUGCUGAUCUACUCCCUAUUCAUGAUGGAGAUGUUUCGCAGUGACCCUAUCGAGAGCCUGGAUGAAGUGAUCUACUGGGUGAAUGCUGUCAGCAGGGUGCUGGAGUUUAUGGUGGCCCUCUGUGUGGUAGCUUACGGCACCUGGGAGUCACUGUUUGGGGAGUGGAGCUGGAUGGGUGCAUCUGUCAUUAUCAUCCACUCUUAUUUCAAUGUUUGGCUGAGAGCUCAGUCUGGAUGGAGGAGCUUUCUGCUUAGACAGGAAGCAGCUAAAAAGAUCAACUCCCUACCAAGAGCGACAGCAGAGCAACUGCACCAGUACAACGACGUCUGCUCAAUUUGCUUUGAGGGAAUGAACUCUGCUGUUAUUACGUACUGUGGACAUUUUUUCCAUGGCAACUGCCUCCGCAAGUGGCUGUAUGUGCAGGAGACCUGCCCCAUGUGCCACCAAACGGUGCGCCCCACCCCAUCAGGUCAGACCCAGGCUUCACGUAAUAGUCCUGCAGCAGCAGCAGCACCACAGAGCGAUGCAGAGCCAGAUCCCACUACACCGGAGGAAGACCACAACCCAGACAGCAGUGAUUUCCAAAAGGCACAGAGUGAGAGGAUAAUUCCUGUGUCCAUGGAGCAACAGAAGAGCAUGGAGAGACUUGAAGGAGACUCUGAGGAGCUCCUGGCUGAACCUGAGAGUAAGGCUGUUCAAGGACAUUGUUUUAGCUCCAGUGGAGCCUCAGGUGGAUCUGUCAGCCCAGAGUCAAGCUGCCCUCCAAAGGAUACUUCUCAUUGCCAUGAAGCAGUACAUGGUGUGGUGUCUUGUCCUCUUAACGUGCAGAACUCGGAUGAGAGCAGCAAGGAGGAGUCUGGAGAUGUCGAGGGGAGGUUUCAGCCAGCAAAUGUAUCCCAGCCAUCAGUUUCUGAUGCCGUCUGUGAGCACAGAUUGGAGAGUCAGUCCCGCUCUGAAGGAGCAGGACUGUGUGCAUCAUUUGAAGACGGCACCACUUCCUCUACGACAGUGCUACAAACCCUCAAAAUAAAGGUGACUUUCACGAGGAAGAGACUAAAAUGGCUGGAGUUGAUACAGUUAAUAGUGAGUUUGAUAAACCUGAUACAUUAUGUGAAAAUGGAUCAGAUUUGGUACAAACUGCUGAGGAAAUGGGAAAGAACCAAAUGGUAG